AGGGCGCGGAGGGAUUUGUGGAGGUCAGAUGUCCGCGCCGGGGUCGCAGGGAGAUGUGCGACGGGCCGCACGGGGCGCACGCGGCUGAGUCCGGAAAGGGUCGGGUGCCAGAUCGGAUCGGCCGGAAGCAUGAUGGUUUGGCGCCUGGGCCGGACAUUGUGGCGGCUUGCCGGAUGAGCUUCUGAGAUUAUCUUGCGGCAGCCACGCCCUUAAAUUUGCCCGCUCCGGGCUCUUGUCCUUCCUCCCCUCUCCCCCGCUGUCGUCCCCCGCCAUCAUGAGCAUCUCCGUCGACGAUCUCGUAUCCUCCUUCGCCUCCAGCCAUAUUGGACAGGAAGCUAUCGAUCUAGCGGCACUCCAGGCACAGCUUGCGCAAGUCCUCUUCGGCCAGCCCAGCGCUGCCGAGCCUACAUCUAUGCCCGCCCACUACACCCAGCGGUGCAAUACACCCAUUCAGCGCACCCCGAGCUUCAGCUUCGGGCACAUGCAAGACGCUCAGCGAUUCAUGGCGGAGUCCUCACGUUCCUCCAACACCAACAACUGGCGGUCCGCCGAGACCUUUGCACAAGACGACGACAUGGAGGACGAGCGCAUGGUCGAGGAUCUACUUCUCCCAUCGCAGCACCAGGCAAGAUCGCCCCCGCAGAGCCCCGUGCCCAGCAAGCCGUUCCCCGCGUUCCCCUUCUCAACCCCCACGUCUCCUCUCUUCCCCGAGACGACGUCGUUCGCGACAUCAGACCCCUUCUUCCUCGCACAGGCGCAGGCACAGGCUGCCCCCAUGCCCUCGACCUUCUUCGCUCAGAAUGGCCGCCCAUCGCAGCAGUCGCCGUUCCUCAUGGCCCAGGCCGCAUCGUACCCCAGCAUGCGUGACGGAUACCCGUUCGCGGGUGCGGGCUCGCAGACGAUGGUCAGCUCUUGAGAGCGCCGGCGAAGUGCCCGCCCCACGCUCGCCACGUCCGCGGCGCCUAUUCAACGGGACGCUCUUCCCCUCCCCAUCUCUCGCGAUAUCACGCAUCACAUUAUUCACCCCCUCU